UAAACACACUGUGAUUACAUUCUUUAGGAAAUUUACACAAUUUUUUAUUUUGAAACUGAGAUAUUUUCUGUGAGUCGGCAUGAAGCCAGCGGUGGUUCUGCUGGGCCUCGUCCUCCUGCUGGACGCCACCUUUGCUGCAGAAGAGUCCUGUGAAGGUCGCUGUGGCUCCUUUAGUGCUCAGACCAAAUGUCAGUGUGACUCCAUGUGUGUCUACUAUGGAAGCUGCUGUGGGGACUAUUACACCAUCUGCCCCAAAAAAAUUGCUCGGGGUGAUACCUUUGAGGAGACUGAGGAAGUGACAGAAAUAAUGACAAAUCUCAGCAACUACACCACAACUGCAAUGCCAACUUCAGACACCGCUACUCCAACCACCCCUGCCACUCCUCCCUCCACCACCACACAGGCACCAACGGCACCUGUAGAUCUGGACGCAGCGGCCUGCAGCGGUCGACCUUUUGAUGCUUUCCUUCAGCUGAAGAACGGGUCCAUCUAUGCAUUUAGAGGUGAAUAUUUUUUUGAGUUGGAUGAUAAGUCCAUACUUCCUGGUUACCCCAAGCUCAUCAAGGAUGUUUGGGGAAUCUCUGGGCCCAUCAGCGCUGCUUUCACACGCAUCAACUGCCAGGGAAAGUCCUACAUCUUUAAGGGGAACCAGUACUGGAGGUUUGACGGUGAUGUCUUGGAUGAGGACUAUCCAAGGGAAAUUUCAGUCGGCUUCAGUGGCAUACCAGCUGAUGUUGAUGCUGCGUUUGCCGUACCAGCACCGAGUCACCGGGGCAAAGAGAAAGCGUACUUUUUCAAAGGUGACAAGUACUACCAGUAUGAGUUCAAGCAGCAGCCUUCCCAUGAGGAGUGUGUCGAGAUGAGCAAGUCGUCCCCAUCUGUGCUGUUCACACAAUACACCAACCUCUUCUGUGAGAACAUAUUGGAGGAUCUCUUCACAGAGCUCUUUGGAGGCUCCUUGGGCAGUCACCACAGAGGCCCUCGUCUCAUCAGCAGGGACUGGCACGGCAUCAGGCCUCCUGUGGAUGCUGCCAUGGUGGGGCGAGUGUACCUCAGUCCCAAACCCACGCCGUCUUCUCCUCUGCUGAGGAGGCGCAGCAGCCGCAAGAGGAAGCCCAGCAAGAAGCGUGGACAGAGAAGAAGGCAGAGCCGCUUCGUAUUGGAUGAUUUGUGGUUUUACGAUGACUUGUUUGACUUCAGCGACUACAGCGACAUCAUUGAUGAGGACACCACGCAGGAGUACAAAAGCACCCCCGUUCAGAAUGUGUAUUUUUUUAAGAGAGAUAAAUACUACAGAGCGGCUCUGCAGACGAAACAUGUGGACAUUGUCAUCCCUCCUUACCCACGAUCCAUUGCAAAGUACUGGCUGGGCUGCGAGCGGGAAUACACACCUGAUGAAUCAAGAGCAGAGAAGAGAUAGACAGCUGAAGGAAUACAGACAAACCAGCUCUGAAUCCCAAACACAUCUCUUUGUGACUAGUAAAAUAUGAGCUAAAUAAUAAGAGCACCAGCUCUUUGUUGUAACAAUAUUUAGUUCAUUAUAAUGAGCUUUGAAAUACCAUCUUAGAUAGAAAUUGUGCAUGAGUUAAUAAACUUUAGAUUUCAGUGUGGUAAGUGUGUUAGUAUUGUUGUUCAACUAAUGCAGACAACAAGCACACACCUAAUGCAGGUGUGUAUCACAUGUACAUGCUUAAUCUUAAUAUUGACCUAAACCACAUUCCUACCUUGUAUUUUCACAAAUACUGAUACUGUGAGCAGACACAUAACUACACAUGCACAUACUGCCCUCUGCUGGUCAAUGUAUCUGUCUGCAUCCCUGUAAAAAUAAACGAUUGUUUGCUCCUG